AUGAAGUGUUUUGUUGUCUUAGUUGUGAUUUGUGCUAAAGCAUGGGCUGAUGAUACAUUUAUUGACAUACAUCAAGCCGUGAAAGAAUGUGGUGCUGGAAAUGGUGGACCAAACCAAGUCAAGCAGUCGCUGGAUCUACAAAAAGAUGGACCGACGCUCUUUUGCGUAUUGAACAAAAGUGGAAUGAUAGACGAAAACGGAGAUAUGAUCGAAAAUAACGUAAGAGAUUUAUAUCAAAAGGAGUAUGCCACUGAAAAAGAAGUGGAUGCAGUAAUUGUGAAAUGCGGGACUAAAAAUGGAAAAACUCGCGAAGAGGCUGCUUUUAAUUUGUUUAUUUGUUUCAAGAGUCUUCCUUCGAUCGCUGUUGUGGCAGCCGAUCGCCACGAUGAUAUCAAAGCAGCUGCAAAAGACUGCUCUUUAACUAAGGAACUCUUUCAAGAGGGAGUAGACAAAGAAAAGUUUGGUGCAGCGAUUUUAUGUGUAAACAAAAAAAUUGGUCUCAUGAAUGAGGACGGUAGCAUAAAUGAAAAUGUCUUUAAGUCUGAUGCAAAAUUAUGGAAUUCGGAUGACGCUUUAUCUCAAAAAAUCUUCAAUAACUGUAAAGAUUUAAAAGGUGAAAAUCCUAAAAUUAAGGCAUAUAAUCUAGCCAAGUGUAUAAAAGAAACUAGAGGCUGAAAAAAUAUAAUUAUAUUGUAGUUAAUACAACCUGAAAAGAUAUAUAUGAUUUUAAAUCUUUUUAUUUAUAAUAUUUUGUGAUUUAUUAUAUUUGUGAAAUAAACAAUGCAAUGUGUC